AUGGAGCCCUUGAAAAAAGAGGAUGAGGAUAUGAAAGAGGCUUUGAAGGAGGACCCCGAUGCUACUCCAGGAAACCCAAGUGCUAGGGAGAUGCUUUGGGAAGCCUUUCUGAAGGUUACUGAAGACAAAAACCUGGGCGAAUGGUUGAAUGAGAAGUACCCAGAGAAGCAGGGCUUUGCAAAUGCGAUUCAACGAAUCGUGUGGGGACGCAUGAGCGACGACAUGCCUGGACUGGUGAACCUCAUUCCAAACGAUUGGCCCGAUGAAGAUCUGAACUCAGAGGACUUGUCGUCACCUGGCGAGUUUGUGCAGCUUUUGUCGGACCACUACGACAAGUUCAAGCACACUAUGCCAGCAGGUUUGCAGAAGAGCAUUCCAAAGAUUCCUCGGGGUUGGAUGCGGAAGACUCCAUCGUACUCGCUUCUCCCAAGUGGCACAGAACUAGACUCAACCGAAGCACGAGAGCGUCUUCUGCAAGAGCUGGUGGACCAGGCACUUGAAGGACCUAGCACCCGGCUCACAAAGCGGAAUGUCCGUGAUCUCGCCGAACGGGAGAUGCCGCCAGGGAGGAAGCCCAAGCACAGUGUGUUCGAGCGAGUGCCCCGUACAACUGUGCAGCUCAAUGCAGUUAUCGCGCACGGAUUUGGAGUACAGCUAUUCCUCAGCGAGGAACACAGCAUGCCAGCCCGUGUGGAACGCGAUGAACGGCUGCCGCGGCGAUACCAGCCCAGCGCAACUGACGUCUUCUGCCUCAUAAAGCAGGAUCUUUGCAAUGAUGCUCUUGCCCAGCCAGCAAUGUUGGUGUGGCCUGGAGACACCCACAACGAAGUGAGGACAUUUUGGCAGAAUGCCGUGAACCAUCCCGGUGUACAAACAGAUUUGGAUCCAGAGAGGGCCGCUGACCUUCUUGAGUUUAGUGAAGCCCUUGAAAAGUACCCUCAGUACGGCUUCUCGUACGAGAUCCUCGCAGAGGGACACUUUGUGCCGGGGCUGGCUCGUUGGGAGAUGGUGGCACGUUUCAAGGGGAAAGAUCUUUGGAAAGAAAUAAUGAGGGUCUCGGAGGAAAGCACGGUGCUGUAUGGCCAAAGAGUGAUCUUAACCUUCGAGGGCCAAGUGAAAAAAGAUGCUUCCAACAAGAACAAGGCACUGUUGGCCGUUUAUGAUUUGUUUGGCACUUCUCAAACGCUUUUAAUUUCGAAAUGCAUGUCCACCCUCUUUCCACUUUUCAACCCGAACCCUUUGCCCUGCCAGAAGUCAGCCCAAAUCAGCCUGGAAGAUCAUCUUCAGCUCAUGGACAUUGUCCUGGUUUGGCUGUGGCUGCGGCCGAAGCUCGAGGCAUCAUUAGAAGGCAGUUUGAUGGCCCGAAUGGAAACCAUGUUCUUGGACGGGCACUUGGACCAAGAUUUGGUAUGCUGUUGCCGGGCAGCCGAUCCGCAAAUGGAUUGGGGCCGGAUCCCAUUCGUUUUGGAGGCAAGGCGUGCCAAACCUGACCCCGACGACGAUGGUGAAGAGCAUGCCAAGGAGGAAUCCGAGUCCGAGAAUGAGGAGAAGGAUGAGGAAUCAAACCUUCUUAUGAACUUCAGGCACAAGUUUGAGUCCACUUUACGGGAACCAACCCGCAUGCUGGUGGUUCGUGACCUAAUGAUCUCUUUCGAUCCAUCCAGUAUUUAUGGGCAACGUUCUGGCUUUUUGAAAGGGCUUCUCGUUACAGCACGGAAUCCAGCGACGCCCAACACUUUCUGGAAAUCGAGCGUCUGGAAGCGAGGAAUUGUGACCGAUGUCGUCAUGUGCCCCCGGAAUGAAAUGUUCAAGGAACAUGUGGCUGCCAUGACUAUGCACUCGUCGUUCACUGAUACCCAGGAAAUGCGUCAAGUUUCUUGCUUGCUUUAG